CAUUUAACUAGCCGAAUAAGCCGCUGAGCUUUUCCACCGAUUCACUCCGGUCCGAUAACCCAUCAAAAUGCCUCCGCUUCCGCCGGCGACCUCCGCCGCCCAGCUGUCCUCCGAUUCCGAUUCCAAUUCCGACUCCGACACCAAUUCCUCCUCCCACCACCGCCACGCCGAUCUCUCCUCCUCCAUUUUCGAAUCCUACCUCUCCAAUUCCACAGAUCAACAUCAGGAUCUCAUAAAGAUCCAAUCAUUCCUCACCUCUUCCCGAUCCGGCGCUCUCUCCUGCCUCAUCUGCCUCGAACGCAUCAAGCCAACCGAUCCCACCUGGUCCUGUUCUUCCCGCUGCUUCGCCAUCUUCCACCUCAUCUGCAUCCAAUCCUGGGCUCACCAGUCCACCACUCUCGCCGCCUCUCGAGCCUCUGCGCGCGCACCCGUCGUCCCCGACGACAAUUCCCUCGUCUGGCCCUGCCCUAAGUGCCGCGUCGACUACCCCAAAUCCCAAACCCCAAAGUACUACUAUUGCUUCUGCGGCAAAGUUCAGGAUCCGCCCCGUGAUCCAUGGAUUCUGCCCCACUCCUGCGGGGAAAUCUGCGGUCGCUCAUUGCAGCACAACUGUGGACAUUUCUGCCUGCUGUUGUGCCAUCCAGGCCCCUGCCCAGCCUGCCCCAAAUUAGUCCGGACCAGGUGCUUCUGCGGGAAAUUGGAGGAUGUCCGGCGGUGCGGAUUCAAGGAUUUCUCCUGUAACGAGGUCUGUAAGAAGCCGUUGGAGUGCGGAACUCACAGGUGUAGCGAUAUUUGCCAUGAUGGAUUAUGCCCGCCGUGUAGGAAGAAAGGGGUUUACAGAUGUCAAUGUAGGAAGGUGGAGAUUGAAAGAGAGUGUUGUGAUAGAGUUUUUAGGUGUGAGAAUGCUUGCAAUAAGAUGCUCGAUUGUGGAAGACAUACUUGCGCUAGGGGAUGCCAUGAGGGUGAGUGUGGGAGUUGCCCACUUCAAGGGAAGAGGGCAUGCCCUUGUGGUAAGAAACUGUAUGAUGGAGUGGCCUGUGAUGUGUCGGUGCCGUUAUGCGGUGCGACUUGCGAUAAACUGUUGAGCUGUGGGUACCACAGGUGUCCGGAGAGGUGCCACCGUGGGCCGUGUAUCGAGACCUGUAGAACUGUGGUGACAAAGUCGUGCAGGUGUGGGAGCUUGAAGAAGCAGGUUCCUUGCUAUCAAGAGUUGGCAUGUGAUAGGAAGUGCCAGAAAGUUAGAGAUUGUGGACGGCAUGCUUGUAAGCGUCGCUGCUGCGAUGGGGAUUGCCCGCCUUGCUCUGAGAUUUGUGAUCGGAGGCUUCCAUGUAGGAACCACAAGUGUCCUGCUCCAUGCCACAGGGGUGCUUGUGCUCCUUGCCCAUUGACGGUGAGAAUUUCUUGUGCUUGUGGAGAGACAUAUUUUGAGGUUCCUUGUGGCACAGAAACCAAACAGAUGCCUCCAAAGUGUCGAAAACCAUGUCCUGUAGCUCCUCUCUGCCGGCAUAGCUCAAAUUACAAGCCGCACCGGUGCCAUUAUGGUGCUUGUCCCCCAUGUCGCCAGAUUUGUGACAAAGAAUUUCCAUGCAAUCACAAAUGCAAAUUAAGGUGCCAUGGACCUAAACCACCUCCACGCCCUGAAUUUACUUUAAAACCCAAAAAGAAGAAGUCUAACCAACUGAGUGAAGUGAUUCCUGGUUCAUCAUGUCCCCCUUGCUCUGAACCUGUGGUGAGGCAAUGUGUUGGCAACCACAUAGGAGAAGAGAGGACGAUGGUCUGCUCAAAGGCAACAGAAUUUUCGUGUGAUAACUUGUGCGGGAAUCCCCUCCCAUGCGGGAAUCACUAUUGUACUUAUGUGUGCCAUGCACUGAAAAUUCAUCCUUCGGACAAAAUAGGGGAGUCUUGCGAAGAAUGCAAUCUUCCUUGUCAAAAGGAGAGAGAUCCUGCGUGCCCCCAUCCUUGCCCCAUGCGAUGUCAUCCCGGCGAAUGCCCCCCUUGCAAGGCACUAAUUAAGCGUUCAUGCCAUUGUGGGUCGAUGGUGCAUGUUUUUGAGUGUAAAUAUUUCAAGUGCUUGUCAGAGACAGAGCAGAUGGCAGUUCGCUCAUGCAAGGGUCCUUGCCAUAGGAAAUUACCAAAUUGCACACAUUUAUGCCCAGAGAUAUGUCAUCCCGGCUCCUGUCCGUCACCUGAGGAGUGCUCUAAGAAGGUAACAGUUCGUUGUGCAUGUCUGACCUUGAAAAAGGAGUGGCUAUGCGAGGCAGUACAAGCUGCAUAUCGUAGUAUGGGUACUGACCCUAAAGACAUACCUAAAAAUCGAUAUGGAGCAGAACUUCUUCCUUGUGACAGUGAAUGCAAGAGCAGAGUCAAGGCCUCUGAUGCACAGUUACAUUUGCGUCAAUCCAGACCCAAAGAGGAAAAGGAGCCCGAUAAAGCAGCUAAUGUGUUGAGGCGAAGAAGGCGAAAACAAAGGGUCCAAGAAGAGGGGAGAUCCUCCCAAGUGCAGAAAAUUGUUGCUGUGAUUCAACGCAUCCUUAUCGUUCUUUUGAUUUGUGUCGUAACAAUUGCAUCGGCAUACUUGGGCUAUAAGGGCUUGAUGCGUCUGUCUGACUGGAUGAAUGAAAAUGAAGCCAGACAACAAAGAAGGUAUUCGCGGUUUUAGUAUUCUUCUAUUCAUGCGCCCGAUUGUACCCUUAUAUUAUUGAAUUCGACAAUUUAUAUAUGGUACAAUUUAGCUGACUAGUUUUGGGAGAGUAUUGUCGAUAAAUUGUUGUGUUUAUAAAUCUUUGUUUUGGAUUAUGUUACUAGUGGGGUAAAAUGUGUGUUUUAUAUUAUGUAUGAAAAAUGAAGGGAUUGAAAUCA